GUACUAUAUAGCGGAGGACUCUCACACUGCUUCUUUUGAAUCCAAACACAACCUGAGGAUCAAAAAACUGCAAAUUCUACCAUGCAAACCAAGAAUGGAUCUUCUCUGUCUUACGAAGAUUUUGAACCGUUCUGCAACUGGCGCCGCAACGAUGAAUCUGAAACUCUUGUCGUCCACCUCCCUGCAUUCAGAAAAGAUCAGCUGAAGAUACAAGUUUACAAUUCAACUAACACCGUAAAGAUCUCUGGGGAACGCCUCGUUGAUGCAACGAAAAGGAGCCGUUUCCACAAGGAAAUCGCGAUUCCAAAGGACUGCAAGUCUAAGGAAAUCCAUGCCAAGUUUGCCGACGGCCUGUUGCACGUUGUGAUCCCGAAGAAAGGUCCUCCAGCCCCUCAACAAGAACUCGUCAGCACUACUACUCAAAUUCAACAACCCGAAGCCAGCAAACAAUCAGCACCUCGGAACAUCAGCCAGGAUCAGGUAACUAAAUUGCCCACGUUACCCAAACCUGCAGGCAGCGCAACAGAGAAGAUUGGGCUUCUUAACAACGGGACGUUACCAGGGAGUAAUGCACCGGAUUAUAACAACGACACCCAAAUGUGUGAUUCGGGAUCGGAAAGCUUGUUGAAGACGGCAACGAAUGUGGCAGCGAUGGUGGCGUUGCUGGCGUGCCUCGGUGCUUAUAUCAUGUAUUCAUAUAGAUCUUUGUACAUUGAAGAUUGAAUCUCUUAUGUCCUCAACGUCUGUACAUAUAUUUGAUGUUAAUUAAAUUGAAUAAUUCACCAAA